AUGAGGUCAAAGGGGAAAAGGAAUUCUGACUCUGCCAAGGCAGGCAAUUUAUCUGCGCAUGAAAAAUUUGACCAGUUAAUCGAUGAAUACUAUUCCGACUUGAAAGACAAUCGAAAAAAAGAAGAGUGUCAACCCAGGUUCACACAGGGGGACCAUAUUUUUAAAUCAGUGGAGAGGGACAAAGCUGAUUACGCGAGACUGGAUGAAAACGAAGAACCUCCACCUUUCACCGACUUGGUUCCAAAUGAGGCGAAAUUCGGCACCGUGAAGAUCACCAACCCUUUGCCCAAAGUAGAGCGGCGAGACCAACUGAAGGAGGGCUACAUGCAGUGGCUAACGACGGAGAAACUGAUGAGGCCAAAUGAAAGAAGAAAAGAAUACGAACAAAUGCAGGAAAAAUAUUUAGAAACUUUAAAAUUAUCGGAAGAUAUAAAAAAGGAUGUAAAGCUAGCGCGAGUAGUUAAGUCGCACUACCCUAGAGGAAUAGUUGGCGUCGAUUCCAUAUACAGUGAAAACACUGAGUUGUACAAGGACAAAUAUGAGGAGCUCAAAAGUAGGCAAGAAUUUCGAGAGAAGAAAAUGAAAGAACGUGGAGCAGCCCUGGAGCGGCAAAACAACAGGAAUGGGAACUUCCUUGCAUUCGAAGCAGACAAUAUGUGA